UUAAAGCUUUUCCCAUAUGUAAAACAAAUUUCAUUCACUCAAAAAAAGAAAGAGAAAAUUAACGAAAAGCCAUGUUUCUGAGUUGUGUUAUUUUCCCACCACCACCUUCCAUCUUCAUGACAGCCAUGUCUGUGGUGAGUGUGGUGUCAAUGGCGAACGGAGGCUACUCUGAAACCGUGGGAAAGCAUAUGCAAUAUUCCAAGUUUUGGAACGUUAACUCUGAGAAAUCUGCGGCAAAACAGGCUAAAGUUUCGAGCAGAAACGGGAUGCUUAUGCUUUAUACGCCUGCCUUUUUUGCCGGUCUUUCUUCUUUCUGGCUCUUUCCUGAUGACGGCUUCAGGUUUCUUUUGCUUAAGUCUGCUCUCACCUUCCAUUUCUUCAAAAGAAUCUUUGAGGUAUUGUUCAUUCAUAAAUAUAGUGGCGCGAUGACUCUUGACUCUGCAAUUGUUAUCACUCUAAGCUACUUCAUAUCAACUUCAACCAUGAUCUAUAAUCAACACUUAUCACAAGGAUUACCAGAGCCAUCAAUUGAUUUGAAGUAUUUUGGGAUGAUUGUGUUCUUGUUGGGAAUAAUUGGUAACUUCUACCAUCAUUUCCUCCUCUCAAAAAUGAGAAUAGAUGGUGAAAAACAAUACAAAAUUCCCAAGGGAGGUUUAUUUGACAAAGUAGUAUGCCCACAUUAUCUAUUUGAGAUAUUAGUGUUCUGGGGAUUUGCUUUUAUUUCUCAAACUUUUUAUGCAUUCUCAUUUGCUCUAGGCACAAGUUUUUACUUGAUGGGAAGGAGCUUUGCCACUAGGAAUUGGUACCUUACCAAAUUUGAGAAUUUCCCAAAAGAUGUCAAGGCAGUCUUUCCAUAUUUGUUGUAAAAUGAAAAUUUAUUUUAUCAUGCUUCAAAGAUGAUGUAUACAUUAUUAAUUUUAACUCA